GUUAAGUACCUACCUACUUAACAUGUACCUAACUUUACAUGAAUGCAUGAUAUAUUUUAUUAAUGCUUGACUGUCUCGUGAUCCUGGCAGUUGGUAUCUAGACAAUCUCCACGGGGAUACAUCUGGGGAAGCAAAAUAGCUAAAUGAGUUUCAUAAUUCCCAAGUCGACAGGAUGGCGGACGAAGACUUUGCCGACGUAUUCGCUUUUCCGGAUUACAGCCUAUCCUCAAAGCUGUUAACUCUUUCAUCAGGAUCAGAUAGUCAAUUCUUCAAUACCGACAUCCUAAAUUCCGAUAAAUCAGCUGAAGGCCCUGUUACUGUCAAGCCCGCCAACGCAGACACCGAUGGAUUCUUCAAGCUGCCUGAUUCGCUACUCCCUGUAGAUCUUAAUGAGACUGAUGAGAUAGACCAACAGCCUGUUCCAGUUCCCGAAACACUUCAUGACAUAAAUCUACAUGAUCUUGAUGUGUUUGAUGACACAUGGAUUCUAAAGAGCAAACCAGCAGAAAUCGAAUUCGAGUAUAAAACGUGGGACGGUUUCUUAGUGCCUGAUAUUCCCCAGCCGGCGCCAUUAUUCAUUACCGAAGCAGGGCCAGGAACAUACGAUGCUGCAAUUAAGCAUCCGGAAGACCCUCUUAAGAUAAGGAGUGCAGAGGGCAAUGUUAUCCAGACCAGCCCAUACCUUACGGCCUUGUUAGGCCUCGCCUUUGGGAGAGGCUCGGUCUUUUAUACAUGGGACGCAAACAAAAGUAGCUUCACUCCCAAUCUAGAUAAGAUGAGACUCUCAGGCUAUUCCUUGCAAGUCCUACAAGGCAUCCAGCAGUGUUGUCUAGAAUGCGGAAAUACGACUCGUUUCCUUUCAACCUAUGUACAAGCUAUAUAUACUACACGACCAGGCGCAGUCAGAGUAGCUAUUGCGAAAGAGGUGGAUAUGGCUUUAUUAACCAUUCAGAAAAUCCUCGGAACUAGGGCGAGGCAAAUACGAUCCCUCCUACAACUGAAAUCGCUUGUCCAACCUGUUCAGACAGUGCUCACCUAUUUCAAAACUUUAAUAUUGAAAGUUUCGAAAACGAAAACUGAUGAGCGUGCAUUAUCUCUCAUCUUUGAGGAGGCUCAGUUGCAAGAACAUAGCAAUGCGCUUCUGAGUGAAGUUAUGCGUGAGGUCUUAUCCCGUGUUUCUACGCCUUGGACGCAAUUUGCAGAGAAAUGGAUAGGGGUUCGAACCGAAGGAGGAGUUCACUUAACCAAAGAGGAUCCUGGAACUAGCUUUGUUAAAGUCGAAAAUAUCCAGAUUGUUGACGAUUCAGGGGUUAAGGCUGAUGAGCUUGAUUACGCCCUUGACGGAGAGCGUAUGCCAACGUUCAUCCCAAGCGACAUGGCUUUAGUUAUAUUCGAGACUGGCAAAACUCUGCGACUCCUCCGAGAACAUCAUCCAGAGCAUCCAAUAUGCCAGACGGAGCUUAUCUCUCAAAGUAAUCCUCCUCCUUUCAAGUGGUAUUUCAAUUGGAAAUCCAUAGAAUGUUUCCAAGAGGAAGUAAGAAAAUACGAAAGAAGCCUAUCUACGAGCCUACAGGGUCGGGUCACAGAGAAAAGUACCACAUCUCAACAAACGAGUAUGACUAACAUUAUACCAAAUGAGGAUCGCAUCCUUCAGUUCUUUGGGCGUGGGGAGACCGAACUUGAAGGGCAAUUACUGGCAUCUAUCGCAGCUUUGGAUAAGGCACCAGCUACAAUUUCCGAGGAAGACGAUUUGGCAAGAUUGCUCAACGACAACUUGUUCAAAGAAGCAGCCGUUGUCGAACAGGAUACCUCUAACUUUUCACCUCAUUGGUCGUUAAUACCAUAUUAUUCUUUCGGUCCGCUUAUCGCAGCACAAGCACGCGUGAUUAAUCGGGAAUAUAUGAAGCUGCUCUUCAGUGCACAUCACCUACGAGAUCAUCUAUCCCUACAAAAGCAAUUUCACUUGCUCGGGAACGGUGUAUUUUGUAGUCGUCUUUCUCAUGCACUAUUUGAUCCUAACCUCGACACUGCCGAACGACAGACGGGUGUUGCUCUAAGUGGCGGUACAAUGGGACUCCGACUAAGUGGAAGAGAUACUUGGCCUCCAGCAAGUUCGGAACUUCGACUAACUCUGAUGGGCGUUUUGGCAGAAAGCUACCUACCCUCGUCACCUCAAGUUAUUCCUUCAAAAGAUGGAAAAUACGAGUUACCUGGCGACAUUAGCUUUGGUGUACGAGACCUUUCAAGCGAGGAAAUCGAUAAAUGCUUAGACCCGGGCUCUCUGGAAGCAUUGGAUUUCCUUCGACUCUUGUAUAAACCUCCCGCUCCUCUCUCGCCGGUGUUUGGUCCGGUCAUUCUACUUAAAUACGACAAGAUAUUCAGGUUGCUGCUGAAAGUGCUUCGAAUGCUUUACGUUGUAGAACAACUAUACCGGGAUGCUAUUGCAAGAACAUCUGGUUGGCACCAUAUUGACAAUACUUCGCUGCGAUUUCGCUUUGAAGCACAUCAUCUUGUUACAAGUAUAAGCGCGUAUUUCUUCGAUACGGGUAUUGAGAUAGCAUGGAAACGAUUCGAGCAUCGGCUUACAGAUAUAGAAAACGACCUUUCGAAAUCUGACAUCGAUCCUCGGGAGACACGAAUUCUUGGUCCGGACGAGUUACGGGAGGAACACGAGCGACUUCUGGAUCAUAUAAUGCAUACAUUAUUGCUCAGAAAACGCCAACAACCAGUCAUGAAGUUGUUGGAAGACAUUUUCAGUCUCAUUCUAAAGUUUUCUAAGAUGGCUCGCUUUGAAGCAUCAGGUGGCAAGGGAAGCAAAGCUCGGGAAAUAUCUUGCAGGACCCUUUAUGAUGCCUUCAAGAAGAAGGUAGAUAUCUUCAUAACUGUAUGCCGAGCUCUUCAAGAAAAGGGGGGGCUUAAAGGCAAACUGCUCGCAAGGGAUAUAAUGACGAAUGAGGGAAGACGGGAUGAAGAAAUGAAAGAGGAAAAUACCAUUGACAGACUCUUAAUCAAGCUUGAGAUGUCAGGUUAUUACGGCCGCUUGAGGAAUUGAUGGAAUAGAAAUAACUAAUAGAUACCCCUAACAUGAAUAGGUACCUACCCAUAGGUACCUCUCAAUGAUGCUAUAUAAUCAAUGCAGGUGUGGUUUAGCAUUUAUACCCUUUUCUGCCCCUAAACCGCCUUCCUACCUGAGAGGUACCUAGCAUGAUGUAUUUAUUGUAUUGUACCCUAUUAAGUACAAGUACAGUACCAUAGCACCCAAGUAACCCCGCAUCGCGCUG